AUGAUACCAGGGAAUGGCCCGUUGUCGGUCCCUCCAGGCUUCCGGUUUCAUCCCACAGACGAGGAGCUCCUCUACUACUACCUUAGAAAGAAAGUCGCCUACGAGCCCAUCGAUCUCGACGUGAUAAGAGACGUCGAUCUCAACAAGAUCGAGCCGUGGGAUCUCAAAGGUUUGGGUUCGUUCACCAUUUUUCUCUUCAAUCUCUUUUUUCCUUCCUUUAGGAUUAGAAGCGAAGGGGGGGUUUCCCCAUUUAUCUUUGGCACCGAAAACAUGUCGGGAAGUUCAGAGCACUCUAGGGUUUGCAUGGCAAACGCGAUGUUUUCUACGCUGAGUUCGGAAGGACAGGUCUGCCGUUUUAGUGACGAGAUGUCCAACCACAGAUCCGAAGAAACGCACUUCCAUGAAUCUGUGGGUGUGUGUGUGUCCCGGCCCUCCCGCCCCGCCCUUUCUCCCCGCUCCUAUCUACCUAUCAACUAAGAUCCGAGGGUGCUCAUGCUUUGCAGAUAGGUGUAGAAUUGGGUCUGGGCCACAGAACGAAUGGUAUUUCUUCAGCCACAAGGACAAGAAAUAUCCGACGGGAACUCGGACUAAUCGCGCAACAAACGCCGGCUUUUGGAAAGCCACGGGAAGAGACAAGUCGAUCCACCUUACCAACUCAAAAAGGAUCGGGAUGAGGAAAACUCUAGUCUUCUACACCGGCCGAGCACCGCAUGGCCAGAAGACCGAUUGGAUCAUGCAUGAGUACCGCCUCGAGGAGGAUCACUCAGACAUCCAGGUAACAUAAUCUGUUCUGCACUACUCAACUAUGACAGUUAACAUUAGUUUCGGCCGUAGGAACCAAAACAACAACUUACUAUCCCUUCCUGACCUGGAGAAUGGGUAUUCUUGUAGUGAUUUAUUGUUUUUUCCAUUUCAAAAAAGCGUGUGGAAAAUGGAUAUCCUUAGAGAGAGAGAAAGAGAGAGAGAGAGAGCCUUUGUUGUUAUCCAUUAGUUAUUCCUUGAUAUUUUGCGAUGAGCUGCCACAAAAUUUCUGAACAAGUGUCGUGAAUUCACUUCAUAGGUUUCCUUUGUGACCCGUCUGGAUUGGUAUGUUUCAUGUUUCUCUGACUGAACUAUGGCUCACUAUAGUUGGUCAAUAUUUUAUCUCACCACAGACGACCAUUGCACCGUGCUCAGUGGAGCACGACUAGAUCUCACCUUAAAACCUUGAGAUACAGAAUAAUAAAGUUCCCAAUAGCCAAGAAUUAAAGGCCAUGUUAUUUCGGAUACUAGUCUCCAAGCUAGCUUUAAACUGAAAAUGGUUAUAAAUAAUGAAACAUAAAAUAGGUAUUUUGGCUGCUUGAAUAGAAGGGCGAAUUAAAACAUGUGAUCAACCAUGUGAACUGAUUAUACUACGGAAUUCGAUUCUUUGAUAUGGUAUUAGCACUUAUUCUUAGGCUUUGGGAACUAAUAUUAUUUUUUUGAGCAUGCAACCAAGAUACAAAAUCGUCAUGCACAUAACGGUAUAUACUAUUAACAUAAGAUAAAAAAGAGCAGAUUAUAAUUGACUAUAUAUAUUCAUUGAGACUACUGACUGUCAACUAACUUUGAUUUUCACGGUCAAAUUAUUUCAGGAAGAGGGAUGGGUUGUUUGUCGGGUGUUCAAAAAAAAAAUUCAUCUGCGAGGCUCUCCUUCAGAAACAGCAUUGGAGGAGAAUCUGUUCACCCAACUGAAGGCAGGUGGAACUACAAGGCUGGAACAAAAGCAGCCUUUGCAGAUGCCCUACGAUUUUUCCUUUGACAACUCGAUGCACCUUCCUCAGCUGCUGAGCUCCGAAUCCAUUGGCACACCCUUCAUGCCAUCAGUUUCUUUGAACUUGUCAGACAUCGAAUGCUCCCAGAACUUGAUGAAGCUAACCACAGGCGAAGGCGCGGUCCUCCAGCACGAGAAGCUCAACGCCGACUGGUCAAUCUUGGAAAAGCUCCUCGCUUCUCAUCAAAACCUGGAUCAAAUCUUCCAGAGCAGAUUCAACCCAGCUGCACCCAACCAAAGCAUAGAUAAUGGCUGCUCGGUCCAAAGAUUCCCAUUGCAGUAUCUUGGAUGUGAAACCGACUUGCUAAGGUUCACUAAGUGA